UCUCUCUCAACCCAACACUUCCACCUUCAAAACCCACCUCACCACCACCAUCACCACCACCAACCGCUCCUCUCUUAUCGCUGCAUCUGCAACCCACGGAGGAGCUCAUUUUCCGGCCAUGAAGAAGGCCAAGUCCCAGGCCGUUGCCUGCUCUCUCGACUCCAAAAAUGGCAUCAAACAACACCACUUUGAUGAUGCUACUACUAAUUCUUCUGUCGACCCUUUUUCCAUGAUCGAGGAUCACGCUGAAACCGAUGUUGUUGAUUCCGAUAGUGCACGCGCCUCCUCUUCUGGCGGCUUCACCGCCAAUUUGGCUCGUAAAAAAGCAAUACCUCCUCAGCCUGCUAAGAAGCUUGUUAUCAAGCUACUCAAAGCCAAGCCGACCUUGCCUACAAACUUCGAAGAGAAUACAUGGGCAGUUUUGAAGUCAGCUAUUAGUGCCAUAUUCUUGAAGCAGCCAGAUUUUUGUGACCUAGAGAAGCUUUAUCAGGCUGUCAAUGAUCUUUGCCUACACAAGAUGGGGGGAAAUCUUUACCAACGGAUUGAAAAGGAGUGUGAAUCCCAUAUAUCUGCCACUUUACAAUCUUUAGUUGGCCAAAGUGAAGAUCUAGUAGUUUUCUUAUCGCUUGUAGAGACAACCUGGCAAGAUUUUUGUGACCAACUGUUGAUGAUCCGGGGAAUAGCGUUGUAUCUUGACCGUACAUAUGUGAAACAAACUACAAAUGUGCGAUCGUUAUGGGACAUGGGCUUGCAACUGUUUCGAAAGCAUUUAUCAAUAGCUUCAGAAGUUGAGCACAAAACAGUAUUUGGCCUUUUGAAAAUGAUCGAGAGCGAGAGAUUAGGUGAAGCAGUUGAUCGGACCCUGCUUAACCAUCUUUUGAAGAUGUUCACUGCAUUGGGAAUUUACUCCGAGAGUUUCGAGAAGCCCUUCCUUGACUGUACAUCGGAGUUCUAUGCAGCUGAAGGAGUAAAAUACAUGCAGCAAUCAGAUGUUUCAGAUUAUUUGAAACAUGUGGAGGUAAGAUUGCAUGAAGAGCAUGACAGAUGUGUACUCUAUCUGGAUGCUAGUACAAGAAAGCCGUUACUAGCCACUGCUGAAAGACAACUCCUUGAGCGCCAUAUUGCUGCAAUACUUGAGAAGGGUUUCAUUAUGUUGAUGGAUGGUAGUCGAAUUCAAGAUCUCCAAAGGAUGUAUGUGCUCCUGUGUAGAGUAAAUGCCCUCGAAUCCUUACGACAGGCCCUUAGCUCAUACAUCCGACGAACGGGCCAGAGCAUAGUAACUGAUGAAGAAAAAGACAAAGACAUGGUCUUCUCCCUUUUAGAAUUUAAGGCAUCUCUUGAUGCAAUAUGGGAAGAUAGCUUUUCAAAGAAUGAAGCCUUUUGCAACACGAUCAAAGAAGCAUUUGAGCAUCUUAUCAAUAUCCGCCAGAACCGGCCAGCUGAGUUGAUUGCAAAAUUUUUGGAUGAGAAACUCCGUGCUGGAAAUAAGGGUACAUCAGAGGAAGAGUUGGAGGGCACUCUUGAUAAAGUGUUAGUUCUGUUCAGAUUUAUACAGGGUAAGGAUGUGUUCGAGGCGUUCUAUAAGAAGGAUCUUGCAAAAAGGCUACUGCUUGGAAAGAGUGCAUCGAUUGAUGCUGAAAAGUCCAUGAUCUCUAAGUUAAAAACUGAAUGUGGCAGUCAGUUUACAAACAAGCUUGAAGGAAUGUUCAAGGACAUCGAGUUAUCAAAAGAAAUAAAUGAAUCUUUCAAGCAAUCAUCUCAAGCUAGGACAAAACUUCCAUCAGGAAUCGAGAUGAGUGUUCAUGUCUUGACAACAGGGUAUUGGCCAACAUAUCCACUGAUGGAUGUUCGCCUUCCCCAUGAACUAAAUGUGUAUCAGGACAUUUUUAAAGAGUUUUACUUGAGCAAAUACAGUGGUAGGCGGUUAAUGUGGCAAAAUUCAUUGGGUCACUGUGUUCUGAAAGCAGAAUUUCCCAAAGGUAAAAAGGAGUUGGCAGUUUCUUUAUUUCAGACUGUUGUUUUGAUGCUGUUCAAUGAUGCACAAAAGCUUAGUUUUCAAGAUAUCAAGGAUGCCACGUGCAUCGAGGACAAGGAACUGAGGAGAACUCUGCAAUCCCUUGCUUGCGGAAAAGUUCGUGUCCUCCAAAAGAAUCCAAAAGGCAGGGAGGUGGAUGACAAUGAUUCCUUUAUGUUCAAUGAUGUAUUUACUGCUCCUCUUUAUCGUAUAAAGGUUAACGCUAUCCAGCUGAAGGAAACUGUUGAAGAAAACACAAGCACGACAGAGAGAGUGUUUCAAGAUCGUCAAUAUCAGGUUGAUGCUGCUAUUGUUCGGAUUAUGAAGACCAGAAAAGUGCUGAGUCACACGCUUUUGAUUACGGAACUCUUUCAGCAGCUGAAGUUCCCUAUAAAGCCAUCGGACUUGAAGAAAAGGAUCGAAAGCCUGAUUGAUCGGGAAUAUCUAGAGAGAGACAGGAACAAUCCUCAAAUAUACAAUUACCUAGCGUAAAACCAGUUACGAUGCUUCUGUUUUCCGCAUUCGACAUGGGACGUACUUUUGGUUCGAUUUCUUAUGAUCCCCAUGUCUGUGUAUGUACAGGGAUGACUUAUCUUUUCUAGUCUUUUUGAGAAUGUAGAACUUUAACUGUAAAUUAUAAUUGCCGCCAUAUGGUUUUUAUUAUCUACUGCACUAUAACGUGUGAGCG